GACAGGCGGUGGACAUCCCGGCCAAUGCAUGCCGGCCGGCGAGCCUUCUCACUGGACACGUCAGCAAGAGUUGAGUCAUUUCCCAAUACUAUGCCCAAGCCGACGCGCACGACAAUCGCUGUCGCCAUCGCCUUUGUUGCGGUCGUUGCCUUCGGCGCCAUCAUCGCCGCCCUCGCUGCCUCCAUGUACGCUGAGCUCGUCGCGCUGCCCCAUGACGCCAUGGUCGUGACGAACAUCUUCACCACAGGCUUUGCCGCCCUCGGUCUCGUGCAUAUCGUUUGGACGCGGGGCGACCCGUCGCACUCGACGUGCCUCUUCUUUCUCUUUGCCAAUGUGGCUUGCUGCAGUGUGCUCUUGGGCUACGCCGUCAGCGCCAUUCCUCUCACGAUGAGAGCGAUCGAGGCCGCACCCGCACUCACGACGUACCAGCAUCGCAUGGAGGCGUUCUUUGCCUCGGGCACGUCGCGCCAGUUCAAUUACAGUGACUCACUCAGUGGCUACAGGUCCAAAGUGCCGUCGCAUCCACUGUCCUACUCCGACAGCCGACAGUACCCAUUCAAGGCCGCGCGAGCUUUUGCGGACGCGUACUGCGCGAGCGAAGGCCACCGCUUCUGUAGCGCCUUUCCUCUCACGCAAACCAUCUUGUACCCGGGCAUGUGGCCCGACCCGAACGCGACGGCCGAGAUUGCCCGCACCCUCUCGACGCUCCCGACGACCUUAUUCAACGUCACGGUGACGGCAACGACGACCCUCGACAGCUUCUGCGCCGCCGUCGACCCGAUGAAUCCAGUGUACAAUGUGUCGAUAAACGACUCGGUGGCCAUUCAGCGCGCGGCCGCCAUCAAAAGAGAUCUCUACGAUCUCUGCCGAGGCUGCGCCACGCUCUCCAACAUUACGACCAAGUCCAAUGCACUUCAGAGCUGGAUUCAUGCCACGUGCCCCAUGGACGUACCCAAGCCCACAGGCGCCUACUGCGUCGCCACCGCCGACUGUGCCGAGUACAAGAUCAAGACCGGGGGCAACAUCUGCCCGUCCUUUUCGAUCCCGAUCUAUGAAAGGACGUAUUUGAACCCGUCGUACGACGCGUGCUUUGGUCGCACGCUCAUGACGGUCGCGCAUCACUACGAAUUGGCGAUUGCGAUUACCGCGGGCGCUCUCGUUUUCAUCUUGCUGCUCCUCUGCGCACGCCUUUGGGUACUCCGCCGCAACGAGAAGUUUCGCAACGCCAUGCGCGAGGCCGUCGUUCAAACGCCCGUCAACACCGCCUAGUUCCUAACGAUAUAGUACAAGAUAGUCAAGCAAAUUCUCUUGUAAAUAGUAUACCAAUAUCGCGCUGACCAAUA